GUACCUAUUUUCAAGCUGAAUAAUUGUCAACAUAAGUAAUAGUGUAAUAUGAAUUUCAACGGCACAAAAAAACAUGCGGCGCUUAGUGGAGGUGGAUGAACACACAAUAGCGCUUUCUCUUUAAAAAAAAGUCAAAUUUUUGCCACUACAAAUUAAUGUAAUUUAUCUUCGACAGCGAGUGUGUUGCUAAAAGAAUAUCAUUUGGUAGCUGUAGGUAUAUUUUUAAAGAAUGAAUUUGAAGAUGCCGCUAUAUGUUGGACGUGAAAUUUAUGAUAGAACAAUUCAAACUUUAUCAAAUGAAAAAGUAGAUGAUGCAGAAAAGCGCAUACCGUUUCCAUACGAAAUACGCAAUCUCGAAGCAGAAUUAAACUCACAAAUUCUUAAGGAUUUUGCAGGAGAAAGGACAGGGUAUGUUCAAGUUAGCAACGAAAAGUGGUUCUUUCCAAGUGGAUACGCCAAAGAAGCCGAAAAUAUAUACAAUUUUAAACUAAGAAAAGACGAUGUGUUUGUUAUAACGUUUCCUCGAUCAGGAACUACUUGGACGCAGGAGAUGGUAUGGUUAUUAUGCAAUAACUUGGAUUAUGAGAAGGCUUCUAAGAAACCGUUGAUGGACAGAUUUCCCUUUUUAGAGUAUAACUGUUUUGUACACGAAGAUAUAAAACAAGAAUUAUUAAAUAAAAAUAGACAUGAUCCAACGCUUUAUCAAAUGGUCGAGGAGUUGGAUUAUCCAGCUUGGAAACUACUUUCCCAAUGGCGAGGGAGAAGAUUUAUAAAGACACAUUUGCCAUUUAGUUUAUUGCCACCCAAUUUAACUAAGGAGGGUUGUAAAGUGAUUUACGUGGCAAGAAAUCCAAAAGAUGUUGCUGUGUCAUUUUAUUAUUUAAACAGGACUAUGAUAACUCAAGGCUACCACGGAGAUUUUCCUAAGUAUUGGGAUUACUUUGAAAGAAACCUACAGCCAUGGACUCCAUAUUGGAGUCAUUUAAAAGAAGGAUGGGGUCAUCGACACGAUCCCAAUGUCCUAUUCAUUUUCUACGAGGAUAUGAACAAGAAUUCGAGGACUUCUAUAGAAAAAAUCGCUCAAUUUCUUGAAAAAUCUUACUCGGCGGCCGAGUUCGAUACUUUGGAAAAUCAUUUGAAAUUCUCAAAUUUUAAAAACAACAAAUCCGUUAACUUCGACAAUUUAGAACAAAUAGGAGUUUGUCUUAAAAGUGAGCAGAGUUUUGUACGAAAAGGAGAAAAUAACGGAUGGAAGGAGUGUUUUGAAGAAGAAUUGGAAAAGCGAGCGGACAAGUGGAUCGAAGAUAAUAUGAAGGAUACAGAUUUAAAAUUUCCUUCUUAACAAAAGAGACAUUUUAAAAUAUUUCGAACGAGUUAUAUAUUUAUGACAAUGAGAGUUAUAGGCUUGCAGCAUUCUCCGACGGUGCUGCCACCAUCCUAUAAAAUCCUAUAAAACACCGACUUACACAAAUAUAAGAGCUUAAAUAGUGAGUACACGAAAAAUUUGUUGUAAUAUUAUUUGUAAAGAAUACUUAUUUUUAUUUGCAAAGAAUACUAAUAAGUACAAUUUGUGAAAAUCCAAAAAAAAUAAAAUAAAUAAAAUAAGGUCUAACGUGUAUUAUAAUUUAUUACUAAAGCUAAUAAA